AAUUCUUUUGGAAGCAAACAUUAAGAAAAUGGCCAAGGGGGUAACGUAACCACCGAAAAACACCAUGGCUGCUACAGAAAAGUUCCUUUGUUAUUUGAUUAUGCUCUUCCAAUUCACAUCAAGCACUUGUCUUGAUACAAUUACAUCAAACCAAACCUUCAAAGAAGGAAACCUUCUCGUCGCCAAGGGCAAUGAAUUUGCAUUUGGGUUUUUCAGUCCUGGUAGUUCUACUAAUAGAUAUCUUGGAAUUUGGUUUCAUAAAGUUUCUGAAAAAUCUGUGAUAUGGGUAGCAAACAGGAACUAUCCUAUUGUUGGCUCCUCAGGUGUUCUGUCAAUCAAUCAAAAUGGAGACCUUGUUCUUUACAGUGAUCCUCACCAAAAAGUUCUAGUAUGGUCUGCAAAUUUAACAGUGGAAGGUUCGGAUGCUUGUGUGCUUCAGCUCUUGGAUUCAGGAAAUCUGGUAUUGCUCCAAGGUACAAGCAAAAGAAUUGUGUGGCAGAGCUUCGAUUAUCCCACCGAUACGCUGCUACCAGGGAUGAGAUUAGGGUUGAAUCAGAAGGCAGGACUGCACUGGAUGCUGACUUCAUGGAGAUCAACAAACGAUCCAGGUAGUGGAGAUUACUCAUUGGUGUUAGACACAAGAGGCUCACCACAAUUCUUUAUUUACAAGGCCUCAAGACCGUAUUGCCGAAGCACCCCAUGGCCAUGGGCAACAUUCUUGGAUAUAUUUGAUUAUACGUACGUUAACAAUCAAAACGAAAUAUAUUAUUCCUACCAUUUGGUUGGUACCUCUUUUAUCACGAGAGCAGUAGUGGACCAUUCAGGAUUCGUCAAGUGGCUAAGGUGGCAUAAUAAUCAUGGCCAGUGGAAAACGCUUUGGACCAUCCCUGAAAACCGAUGUGAUGUGUAUGCAAAUUGUGGUGCUUCUAGUAAGUGUACCCCAAGCAAUCCUGAUAAAUUUGAGUGUUCUUGUUUACCUGGUUAUCAACCCAAAUCCCCAAGAGAUUGGCAUCUAAGAGAUGCAUCGGGAGGGUGUGUUAGGAAGCGGGAGGAUCCUUCUUUACUGUGUGGGCAUGGUGAAGGAUUUGUGAAAGUGGAAAAUGCUAAGCUUCCUGAUACUUCAACUGCAAUUUGGGUGAACAUGAAUGUGAGUCGUAAAGGUUGUGAACAAGAAUGCAGCAGGAAUUGCUCAUGCUCUGCAUAUGCAGGAAUAGAUAUAGUUGGAAGAGCAAGGGGAUGUUUGCUAUGGUAUGGACAGUUAUGGGACACACUCGAUCAUGUUGACGAAAGAUUCAAUCUGUAUGUUCGUGUGGAUGCGGUUGAAUUAGCUCAGAAUGAGAGAAGUUCAAAUGGUUUUCUUGGAAAGGAGCUGAAUAUUCUAACGCUGUCUAUUGCUUCAGCAUGGAUUACUGUUUUCUUCUUUGCUUAUUUGUGGCUUAGGAGGCGGAGAAAAAAAAAUACUUUGGCGGCACAUGAACUCGGUGGAAAUAGCCAUCCUCGAGACAUAACAUUUUUUGACCUUGGCACAAUAGUGGCUGCCACUAACCACUUCUCUUCAGGAAACAAACUAGGGAAGGGUGGUUUUGGUUCAGUUGCUGUAAAACGGCUAUCCAAGAGUUCAGGUCAAGGCAUAGAAGAAUUUAAAAAUGAAGUCAUGUUGAUUGCAAAGCUUCAACAUAGGAAUCUUGUGAAACUUCUUGGGUGCUGCAUCGAGGGAGGACAACAAAUGUUAAUUUAUGAAUAUAUGCCAAACAAAAGCUUGGAUGCAUUUCUUUUUGAUCAAACAAGAAGGUCAGUCCUAGAUUGGAAGAAACGUUUCAAUAUUAUAACUGGAAUUGGUCGAGGAAUCUUAUAUCUUCAUCAGGACUCGAGGUUGAGAAUUAUCCACAGAGAUUUGAAAAGCAGCAACAUUCUACUAGAUGCUGAGAUGAACCCAAAAAUUUCAGAUUUUGGCAUGGCUAGAAUACUCAGAGCUGACCAAAUUCAAGAGAAGACGAAUAGAGUAGUUGGAACCUAUUUUGGGGUCGUACUGUUGGAAAUUGUAAGUGGCAAGAAAAGCAAUGGCUUUAAACAAGAAGAUUCUUCCUUCUGCUUGAUAGGACAUGUAUGGGAGUUAUGGAGCAAAGAUGAUGUAUUGAAGAUAGUUGAUUCUAUUCUAAUGUUGAGCAGUGAAACAGCUCUUCCUAGUCCAAAAAAACCAGCUUUCAUUUUUAUAGCAUCUAGCAGCAACAAUAACUCAUUUGGAGCAGGGGAGGAAAGAUCAAGUUCUGUAAAUGAGGUUACAAUCACUGCUUUUGUAGCCCAAUUCACAUCAUGCACUUGCCUUGAUAAAAUUACAUCAAAACAAAUUUUCAAAGAAGGAAACUUACUUGUCUCCAUGGGUAAUGAAUUUGCAUUUGGGUUUUUCAGCCCUGGUAGUUCUACCAAUAGAUAUCUUGGAAUUUGGUUUCAUAAAAUUUCAGAAAAAUCUGUGAUAUGGGUCGCAAACCGGAACUAUCCUAUCGCUGGCUCCUCAGGUGUUCUUUCAAUCAAUCAAUAUGGGAACCUUGUUCUUUAUAGUGAUCCUCAUAAAAAAGUUAUAGUAUGGUCUGCAAACAUAACAGUGGAAGGUUCAGAUGCUUUUGUGCUUCAACUCUUGGAUUCAGGAAAUUUGGUAUUGCUCCAAGGUACAAGUGAAAGAAUUGUGUGGCAGAGCUUUGAUUAUCCCACUGAUACGCAGCUACCAGGGAUGAGAUUAGGGUUGAAUCGGAAGACAGGACUGCACUGGAUGCUAACUUCAUGGAGAUCAGCAAAUGAUCCAGGUACUGGAGAUUACUCACUCAUGUUAGACACAACAGGCUUGCCACAGUUCUUUCUUUACAAGGCCUCAAGACCCUAUUGCCGAGGCACCUCAUGGCCAUGGGCAACAUUCUUGGAUAUAUACAAUUAUACAUAUGUUAACAAUCAAAACGAGAUAUAUUUUUCCUACCAUUUGUUGGAUACUUCUUUUAUCUUCAGAGGAGUAGCGGAAUAUUCAGGAUUUGUCAAGUGGCUAAGGUGGCAUAAUAAUGAUGGCCAGUGGAAAGAGUUUUGGUCCGUGCCUAAACACCGGUGCGAUGUGUAUGCAUAUUGUGGUGCUUCAAGUAAGUGCACCCCUAGCAAUCCUGAUAAAUUUGAGUGUUCUUGUUUACCUGGUUAUCAACCCAAAUCUCCCAGAGAUUGGCAUCUAAGAGAUGCAUCAGGAUGGUGUAUUAGGAAGCGGGAGGAUCCUUCUUUACUGUGUGGGCAUGGCGAAGGAUUUGUGAAAGUGGAAAAUGUUAAGCUUCCCGAUACAUCAACUGCAAUUUGGGUGGACAUGAAUAUAAGUCGGACAGGUUGUGAACAAGAAUGCAGCAAGAAUUGCUCAUGCACUGCAUAUGCAAGAAUAGAUAUAGUUGGGAGAGCAAGUGGAUGUAUGCUAUGGUAUGGAAAAUUAUGGGACACAGUAGAUCAUAUAGAUGAAAGAUUCAAUCUGUAUGUUCGUGUUGAUGCGGCUACAUUAGCUAAGAAUGCAAGAAGAUCAAAUGCUUUUCUUGGAAAGGAGCUGAACAUUCUAAAACUGUCUAUUGCUUCGGCAUGGAUUACUGUUUUCUUCUUUGCUUAUUUGUGGCUUAGGAGGAAAAGAAAAGGAAUCAAGAACAAAUCAGAAAACAAAGUAUUUGACCCUAUUAGAGGUUCUAUAUACUAUAAAAAUAUUUUGGCGGCACAUGAACUCAGGGGAAAUAGCCAUCCUCCAGACAUUACAUUUUUUGACCUUGGCACGAUAGUUGUUGCCACUAACAACUUCUCUCCAGGAAACAAACUAGGCAAGGGUGGUUUUGGUUCAGUCUACAAGGGUCAGCUAACUAAUGGACAAGAACUUGCUGUAAAAAGGCUAUCCAAAAGUUCAGGUCAAGGCAUAGAAGAAUUUAAAAAUGAAGUCAUGUUGAUUGCAAAGCUUCAACAUAGGAAUCUUGUGAAACUUCUUGGGUGCUGUAUUGAGGGAGAACGACAAAUGUUAAUUUAUGAAUAUAUGCCAAACAAAAGCUUGGAUUCAUUUCUUUUUGAUCAAACAAGAAGGUCAGUCCUAGAUUGGAAGAAACGGUUCAAUAUUAUAACUGGGAUUGGUAGAGGAAUCUUAUAUCUUCACCAAGACUCCAGGUUGAGAAUUAUCCAUAGAGAUUUAAAAAGCAGCAACAUUCUAUUAGAUGCUCAGAUGAACCCAAAAAUUUCAGAUUUUGGCAUGGCUAGGGUACUCAGAGCUGAUCAAAUUCAAGAGAAGACGAAUAGAGUAGUUGGAACCUAUGGCUACAUGUCACCAGAGUAUGCAGUGCUUGGAAAGUUUUCGGUAAAAUCUGAUGUGUUUAGUUUUGGCGUCAUACUGUUGGAAAUUAUAAGUGGCAAGAAAAGCAAUGGCUUUAAACAAGAAGAUUCUUCCUUUUGCUUGAUAGGACAUGUAUGGGAGUUAUGGAGCAAAGAUGAUGUAUUGAAGAUAGUUGAUUCAUCACUGGAGGGAUCAUAUCCUCCUCAUGAAGUGUUGAGAUGCAUACAAAUUGGGCUGUUAUGUGUUCAGGAAAAUGCUAUAGACAGACCCGCUAUGUUUGAAGUUAUUCUAAUGUUGAGCAGUGAAACAGCUCUUCCUAGUCCAAAAAAACCAGCUUUCAUUUUUGUAGCAUCUAGCAGCAACACUAACUCAUUUGGAGCAGGGGAGGAAAGAUCAAGUUCUGUAAAUGAGGUUACAAUCACUACUUUCUUAGCUCGCUAAGGACAUUGACUCUCAUUGUUUGAAUUUAAAUUUUAACUGCAGGAAUUCUUCCUAGUAGACUCUGAUACAAAUAUAUAAGAAAUUUCCCAGACAACAACAUAUUUCACAGUGGAGGAUUCAAAACUCUG